UUUCGGUGAAUAAUUUGAAGCAGCCAGCCAGACGAGCUCAAUGAUGAUUCGUCACCCAUAAGCUAUUAUGUAGCUGCUCGAAUUGCUGUUUCGUUGAGUUGCAUUAUCGCGAAAACGCGAGUGCUUGACGUCUACUGGUAUAAUUUUACCGCGGCGGGGGCGGCGACAAGUACACAUAGAGCCUCUUUCUCUCUCGCUCAUUCGGCCGCACCGCACGCGUUCAGUGUCGACCUGUCAGUUGUAGGUGUAUAGGUACCAAGUGUAUAGGUUCGUGUAUAGUCAGUUUAUACGAAUGACGGACGACGGCACUUUUGAUGAUCGAGUGCAGUAAAAGAGAUGGAGACAGUUAGAUAAAUGAACUGGAAAACUAUACGUCGUGCAGUGUAUCUUGUCCGAACAACUGUACACCGCGUUGUUGCCAUUCAGCGAUUAAGCUUUUCUUGUUGAUCACUGUUCAGCAACAGAACGGAGCUUUCUAGCUGUUGCUUAUGUAUACAAAGCUCUAACGCAUACACUUGAUUCUUCUGUGUGGCAUACGUAACAGUCACCAUGGCUAACCGGGGUACAGCCCAAAGACCAAAUGGUACACAAGGCAAAAUAUGUCAGUUCAAGCUAGUAUUACUGGGUGAAUCUGCUGUUGGGAAGUCAAGCCUUGUGUUGAGGUUUGUCAAAGGUCAAUUUCAUGAGUAUCAAGAAAGUACAAUCGGAGCUGCAUUUUUGACACAAACUGUUUGUUUGGAUGAGACAACUGUAAAGUUUGAGAUUUGGGAUACUGCAGGACAAGAGCGUUACCAUAGCCUUGCUCCAAUGUAUUAUCGUGGAGCACAGGCAGCCAUUGUUGUUUAUGACAUAACGAAUCAGGACACAUUUAUGCGUGCGACAACGUGGGUGAAAGAGUUGCAAAGACAAGCCAGCCCGAGUAUAGUGAUCGCAUUGGCAGGAAAUAAGGCCGACCUCGGAAACAAACGCGUCGUUGAAUUUGAAGAAGCUCAGGCUUAUGCAGACGAAAAUGGCCUCCUAUUCAUGGAAACAUCGGCUAAGACAGCGAUGAACGUCAACGAUAUAUUCCUUGCUAUUGCUAAAAAACUUCCAAAGAAUGAGCAAGCAGGAAACGCGAGUACAAGUGGACAAGGACGUCGACUAGUCGAAACGGAUGGGCAAAAGCCAGCCUCCAGCAACUGCUGCAAGUGAUUAACCAAAUCCGUAUGUGUUGCACACACUAAAUUGGUAUCUAUUUUUGCAGUAGUUAAAUUUAUGCUCCUAUAAAUGAAUUGAUCGAAGAGACCACUGGAAAAUGAGCCUGAUGUCAGUUUUUGAUGGCUCGAUUGAGGUUCGCGAUUAAUAUCGUGAUGUGUUUCUUUGUACGCCGUUUACGUAUAUUUUUAUAAUGGACAAUGGUAGACGAAAUCACUUUUCGAAUGCUUAAGCUGUGCAUUUAUAUCCUGUUUUAAGAAUCUGAAUUUUUCAUUAGUAUAAAAUAAUAUACAAAAAAAACAAAUAAAUCUAUAAAAAUAACGAAAACCAGCAAAGUUUCUAAAAAUACAAUAUUUCGUAUUGGUAUUGCUGAGUAGAAAUUGUAAAUGUUAAUUAUAUUACGUUUAUUAAUGUAUUUAUAGUUUUUGACAUAAACGAAAAAUCCUCUGUUUUACAAAUAAUCACAAUGAUUUUUUAUCAAAUUGCUCGCUAUUUUUUCACUUUCAUUACUAUUGUAAUAAUUUUUUUAUUAGAAGUAGAAUCGGUAGAGGAAUAAGUUUGAAAAUAAUGCUCACUCUGAAUGAAAUAAAUUGUUAUAUAAUGUAUUUGAUUUUAUGUGAAAAGAAUAAAUCAAUGAAUCUAGGAAUUUUUAAACGUAAGAGUCUGCAUGCAAGAUCAUGUUGCAUAUUAAGUUGGAUCUUUCUCAAAUAAGCGGAUGUUUAUGUAUAGUAAAAAGUGCACGCAAUUUCUAUUGUAAACGACACUUACAAUCUGCAUAUUUGUUGUUGAUCAAUUAAUUAUUGGAUAAAAUUAUUUCUGAUUGUUUAUUUUCUUUCCUCCGUCCUGAUGUAAUGUAUUUAAAGCAAAAGUACCAAUGAUUUUGUAUUCUUAAUUCAUUUGUAGCUUGCUAAAAUGAAAUUAAAUUUUUAUUUAUCAAGACACGUUCCAUGCAUUUUCUAUUUUCUGGCUAUUGUUUUUACAUUUUAAUAUAAAUAAUGAUUCAAUGGAUACAGGUAUUAAAAUUAUAUUUUCGUAUUAGUAUGGUAAGUAUAAAAAUGGAUAUGAUAUCUUAUUCAAAAUUUUGCCAUUUAAUUUGCUAUACUGACGAUUUUGAGUACAAACUCAUAUAAUGAAAAACUAAUUUAUAUUGUGUUAGUAACAAAACAGCACCAUCAACGUAGAUAACUUAAGCUUUUAGAAUUGUCUUGGUUAUUAAAACUAUAGUAAUCCGUAAAAUAACUAAUAUAUUUCAUUUUUCGAUAAAAAUUUUUAAUCUAAA